CCGGGAACAGCAUGAAAUCACUCAAUCGAGCCAACCACCAACAUAAUAGCCUGAAUUAUGGCGCCUCCAUGGCGAGCGGAUGAUAUUCCACAACGGGCCCUUGCGCUCCAAUCACGAUGAACCGCGCCGUACGAGCUGACGAGCUGCCCCGUCGCACUUGCACUUGUGCAUAAAUAAUAAUACGACAACACCACCUCAGCUCUAGCUCUCUCAGCUGUGCCCCUCGUGCUCGUCAUCCGAGACCUUCAGACACCAGUCGACCCACGCAACGAGCAGACUACCCCCGACCACCACCUUGCAGCCAUGGCCAACGACGACAUCUCCUUCCUGCCCCUCGGCGCCAUCAUCCAGUCCCUGCACGUCGGCGGCAUCAACAUCGUGCAGGGCUUCACGUCGCAGUCCGACUACGAGUCCCACAACAGCUCCCACUUUGGCGCCACCAUCGGCCGCAUAGCCAACCGUGUCUCGGGCGCAACCAUCAACUCGCUCAACGGGGGGAAGUCAUACAAGCUGCAGGCCAACAACGGGCCCAACAACCUGCACGGCGGCGAGAAGGGCUGGGGCAAGAAGCUCUGGAACGGCCCCGAGCCCGUGGGCGUCAGGGAGGAGGCCGCCCCGGGCUUUGGGAAGUUCAAGGAGGGCGGCGAGAGCGUGAAGUUCACCCUGCACUCGCCUGACGGCGACGAGGGCUUUCCUGGCGCUGUCGAUGCGUCUGUUGUUUACACGGCCGGCAAGGACGACAAGGGCGCCACCGUGCUGGGCAUCGAGUAUGAGGCCACUCUUGUCGACGGCGCGGACGAGACGGUCAUCAACAUGACGAACCACUCCUACUUCAACCUCACCGGCGGCCCCUCCAUCGAGGGAACCCAGGUCGAGCUGGUAACAAACCAGUACCUCCCCCUCGACGACGGCGGCAUCCCCACGACGACCACCCCCGCCCCCUUCCCCGAGUUCGAGGGCAAGAAGCCCUUCACCCUGGGCGCAUCCGAGCCAGACGUCGACGACUGCUUCGUGCUCGACGACCCCGCCGCCUCGUCCGUCCCGCUCGACACCCGCGGCCGGCCCCUCACGCGCCUCGUCGCCGCCCACCACCCGGCCACCGGCAUCCACCUCGAGGUCUACAGCACCGAGCCCGCCUUCCAGUUCUACACCGGCAAGUACAUCGACGUCCCCGCCGUGGGCGGCACCCCCGCCAGGGCCCCGCGGGCCGGCUUCUGCGUCGAGCCCAGCCGCUACGUCAACGCGCUCAACGUCCCCGAGUGGAAGGACCAGAUGCUGCUCAAGAAGGGGGAGACGUACGGGGCGCGGAUCGUGUACAAGGCUUGGAAGGAGUAAAGGCGGGACAGAACAAGUCACGGGGCUGCAGAUGGCACCUGAUGCUUCCUUCCCCUGGGUUGGCGAUCCAGCCUGCAUGUAGCAUAGCAUACUUACAUACCACACGCCAAAAUGCACCACCACAUAUCCUCGCAUUACGCGUUGAAUUAAUUCACUCCUCUUCUACUUCAA